UCUUCAAGUGAGAUAUCGGUUCGCUUCUGAGCGCUGUUUGAGUUUGUGUGGGCUGUUCGAACAUAGCGUGGCUGACUGGGACUGGGGUGAACCGGUAGAAGGCACGUGAAACCUCUGAGUUUAUUCACACAUGCGCGAUCAGAAGGGAAAAUAACGGAGAAAUAUCGAAUAUAGGACUUUUCCCUUUCGUUUUACCCAUCUAUCAUUCUCUCGUCCUCUCUAUCCGUGGAGAAUCUGACCAACCCAAACAACCUAAUGUGUGUUUUUGUGUGUUUUGGGGGCGUAAAACAACGGGCAGCGCGUGAAGAUGGAUUAACGUUUGAACGGAAAACUGGAGCAGCACGCUAGACCUCGGCGAGGGGGGAGGGCAAGACGGGCCUCUGCAAACACACAUAACCCGCGGGACAGAGACUCUGAUUGGACCAACACCAGGAUGAUGUCGUCACCAAAAGCCAAGACCAAGAAGAAACCUCCCAAAGACAGCAUGACACUUCUACCAUGCUUCUACUUCAUAGAGCUCCCCAUCGUCCUCUCCUCCCUUGUCUCUCUCUACUUCAUGGAGUUGACAGACCUGUUGUCCCCGGCGACCCCUGGGUUCCAUUGCUAUGACCGUGGCCUGUCGUUGCCUUACCAGGAGACAGGAGACGAACUGAUCCCUCUGCUGAUGUUACUGAGCCUGGCCUUCGCAGGACCGGCUGCCUCGAUCAUGCUAGGUGAAGGGCUGGUGUAUUGUUACCAGUCCAGAGUCAAACAGAGUAAAGCUGAAGGAUCCAUCAUCGCUGGAGGGUGUAACUUCAACUCCUUCCUACGGAGGACUGUUCGCUUUGUUGGCCAGCCCCCCGGAAGUGCCAUGCAAGAGUGGGCAUCCAGCCAGGGCGUAUUGUGCCGGCUCAGCGUGUUCGGUCUCCGGUAUGCCGGUCUGCUGUGUCUCCGGGGCGCUGGGAGUGUGCAGUGCGCCCUAUGCCUGCGCUCCGCCCAUGCCGGGCGAAUGUGGGCAUUGAGCCCAAGGGAGAGGUGCAAGUGGUAUGCACCAGAUCUCCAGUGCUCACCCAAGCUCGGUUCAACCUGUGUCUGCACUCUGGAGGGUCCGGGCUAA